AUGUCGUUCGUACCCAACUUUCCGCCUUCUCUUCUUCAACGCAUCAAAAGUGAUGACGCGGGUGAUGAAAAAAAGAGAAGCAAAGAUGACUAUAGGAAGAUGAAGGAACUUGAAGAGGCCAGAAAACUGGCUGUGAUGCCUGCAAUGAAGGAUGAAGAAGGACGGGACAUCAAUCCUCAUAUUCCACAGUACAUUAUGCAAGCUCCAUGGUAUUAUGGUGCCUUGCAUCCGACUUUGCGGCAUCAACGGAUACAAGAUGAAAAAAAACGUGAGGACACCUCUGGUAAAAUGAAGGGUUCUAAUGCUCUCAAUGUUUGGUACAAACGGGGACUGCCCCAAAUCAAACAAAAGGUUACAUUCUACCGAGAUGGAGCUUGUGAAAAUUGUGGAUCCAUGUCACACAAGCGUAAAGAUUGUCUUGAGCGUCCUCGAAAAGUUGGUGCGAAAUAUACUGGUCUUGAUAUUGCUGGAGAUGAGUGCCAGCAAGUAACCUUAGAUUUGGACUAUGAAGGUAAACGUGACCGAUGGAAUGGAUAUGAUCCAUCGGAACAUAAAAGAAUAUUUGAAGAGUACCAGAGACUGGAGGAAGCAAGAAAAAUAGCCAAAGCAAAAAAAUUGGAGGAAAAAUUAGCUAAGGCAACAGAAGGAAGUGGUGGGCAAGAAGAACCUGCAGCCUCUGCCGCAAAACCUAGUUUGGAUGACGAUGGCGAUUUCGAUGCCGAAGAUGGUGACAAAUAUGGUGACGAGUUAGAUAUGCCCGGGCAAAAGUUUGAUAGUAAACAACGUCAGUCUAUCCGUAAUUUGCGUAUUCGUGAAGAUACUGCUAAAUAUCUGUUCAACUUGGAUCCUAACAGUGCCUACUAUGACUCCAAAACUCGUGCUAUGCGUGGUAAUCCUUUCGAAAAUAGUGGAAAACCUGAAUCCGAAGUUCCUUUUGCUGGAGAUAACUUUGUUCGUUAUGAUGGAGAUGUUCAGGACAUGAUUGAUCGACAAGUAUUUGCUUGGGAGAUGCACGAUAAGCUUGGUUUAGAUGUCCAUUUACAAGCAGAUCCAACUCGUCUGGAAUUGUUAGCUAAAAAAGUAUCCAAAGCUAAAUGUGAUGUCCAAAACAAAGUACGUGCAGAAAUUCUUGAACGUUAUGGUGGUCACGAGCAUUUGGAAUCGAUUCCGAAGGAAUUAAUACUUGGUCAGUGGGAAUCAUAUGCCGAAUAUUCCCCUACUGGUCGUAUGAUCAGGGAGCUGAAAAACCAACAGUCAAAUCUCGUUAUGAAGAAGAUGUCUUCAACAACAAUCAUACAAGCGUAUGGGGCUCAUAUUGGUUUAAUGGUCAAUGGGGCUAUCGAUGUUGCCACUCGCUCAUAA